AUGAAUGGUACAGAUGGCAGAGAGGACAGCUUCUCUCGGGGCAGCCUGUCCCCUGGGAAGGGGCCGCUGCUCUUCAGCUCCUGUGUCCACCUCCAAAUCCCUACCUGUCCCAAUUCCAUCUACUACCUGGACAAGCCGCUCUUCAUCCCCAUUGAUGGCCCUCCAGCCCCCAGCCCCCAAGUGCACAGGUCCUCCCUGUCCCUCCACCUGAGCUGCAGUUCCCACCGGCCGGCGCUAGAGGGAGUCGGCGGCCUGGCUACAGGCGAGCCAAUGAGCAGUGGCCUCCGGCCCAUGGCCACCAAGGACAAGCCAGCCCUGCGAGGACACUGCUGGCCCCCGGGGCUGGGGGACAGCUGCGGAGUGGAGGAGACCCGGGCCCAGCUGGCCAGCAGCGCAUGCCCUUGGGGCAGCUUGCCCGCCUUCGGAAAUCCAGAGCUCUCAGGCAUGGGGAUGUGCCCCGACUCUGGCAGAGACCGGGAAGACCACUUCAGGCCCCAUUACCACGCUGGCAGCCACCCCAGCCAGCUGACCAUCCACAUCCCUGGCUGGAGCUACACGGCAGUAGACACAAAAGUGUUGUCUGGAAGCAACGAGAGGCAACGAGGAGAAGCACGCAUGACCCUGUCUGCCCCCCCAGUGGAUCAGAAGCCCGUUAAAGAGUUCCUUCCCGAUGGGGGUGGCCCUCCAACAGGUGCUCGCCAGUCUAGGGCCCUUUCUGGGCACUCAGAGACUCAGCACCAGAGCUUCCCAGGACCCAGGGCCCCUCUGGCUGGGCCCCCCCACCCUUUAGAAGAUGGGUGUGCACUUCCAGAGGCCGGCAGGGAGGCGCAGAUACAGAAAGAGCACCCCACAGGAGCCUCCAAGUGCUGUGACCUGGUGGUCAAGAUUAAGGACUGCAAGGAGGGGGAGCAUGUGACCACACCUCAGUCCUCUCCAGCACCCCCUGAGGCCACCCCUCCCCCAGGGCCCCCUUCCUCCGAGGAGCCAGGCCCUCAGGGCCCAUUGGAGGACUGCCCUGUGCCUCAGCGGACACCCACCAGCAACUUGACCCUGCAGGAGGCCCUGGAAGUCCGUAAACCACAGUUCAUUUCCCGCUCACAAGAGCGGGUGAAGCAGCUGGAGCUCAGGAUGCAGCAGAGGAAGGUGCAGCAUGGGGAGGCCCCAGGCCCCAAGCAGAGCCUGCGGCCCACCCGCGCCAACAAGAAGCAGUUCACCGUCCCCCACCCGCUCAGCGAUAACUUGUUCAAGCCCAAAGAACGGUGCAUUUCAGAGGAGGAGAUGUACAUGCGGUCCAAAAGAAUCUACAACAACUUGCCGGAAGUCAAAAAGAAAAAGGAGGAGCAGAAGAAGCGGGUGACCCUGCAGAGCAACAGACUCCGUGCCGAGGUCUUCAAAAAGCAACUACUGGACCAGCUCCUCCAGAGGAACGCCGUGUGACUUGCUGCCCACUGCCCUCCAUGUCCCCGGACCGGGAAGGCCUCAGACGCCCAAUGAGCCAUUAAACUCCACGCUAGCCUCACUCCCAAAAGACCCUUCCUCCAUUUUUUUUCUCCCCCCUUUCUCCAUGAAGGAAAACCUAGCUUCCUGAGUUUCCAACUGACAGCACAGAGCGGCAGUGGUCCUGGAUAGAGCCCACUUUUGGAGGGGACCGGUACCCAGGCAGCCUACCAGCAGAUGUCCCCCUCUGCUGCCCUGGGCAGGGCAGUAUUCCUCUCCCCAGAGCCCCCUCCCAGCAGGGAGGCAAUAUAAACACACAAGUGGCUUAGGUCCCCAGGAGACUUUUUUUUUCACCAAAUUCCAUCAUUUAAAAAAAAUCCCAAUCCCACCUCCUGCUGCUCCUCUAAAGCCCAGAUAUCAGUAUAUCCCUGGGAGCAUUCUAGCCCUCUCCGCACGCCUGUCCCAGGUCACGCUAGGACCUGACUUCAGAUGUCAGUGGGGGCCUGGCAGAGAUAUAGGGGUACACAGUCUGCUUCUGGUCACCUGGUUGUGGUCAGUCACCAUUCCUUCUUCUGCCCACUCAAGGCACCCUUCCUACAUCCACCCACCAGAAGCAAAGCUGCCAAAACCAUCCAAGCAGCUCCUACUGGGCCAUCUAUCCUGAACUGUCACAGCAUCCACAGUUUAUACUCACGUGCUUGGGAGCCAAGGGCAAAUUAGUAUUUAACAGCAAACAUGGAAAUAAACACAAA